AUGGCAUGCCCAUUCGUGCGAGAUGUGGUGGAUGAAGAAGCACUUGUGCUGAGGAGAGCCUUCAGGCGAGAAAGGGUCUUCAGGGACCGGUUGGACCCACUGGCCUUCCCUGAUGACCAUCUAUAUGAAAGAUACAGGUUUUCUGCAGAUGGCAUCAGUGGAGCCUUCCUGUACUCAGUGGGGGAUGCAGAACAGCUGAACAAGGCCACAAUUUGCCGCACAAUAAGGAAGGCCGAUUUUGUGAAUAGGAAAUCCUUUCACAGCAUUAAUGUUCAGAUGGUCUGCAAUGCUGACUGUGUGAUCAGCAAUGUUGUGGCAAAAUGGCCUGGCUCAGUCCAUGACUCCAGACUCUUUCGGGCCUCUGAAAUCUAUCAGUGCCUAUCACAAGGUGAAUUCUCUGGUGUGUUGCUGGGAGACAGGGGGUAUGGCUGCCAGCCUUUUCUCCUGACACCUUUCACAGACCCCCAGGAAGCACAGCAGGCCUACAACCAUGCCCAUGCCAGGACCAGGGCCAGAGUUGAAAUGACCUUUGGCCUCCUGAAGGCACGCUUUCACUGCCUUCACAAAUUAAGGGUCAGCCCUGUUAGGGCAUGUGAUAUUACUGUGGCUUGUGCUGUCCUCCACAAUGUGGCCUGCCUGAGGAAGGAGAGGGCCCCCAGAGUGCCACCAGCCAUGGACUGGGACAAUCCGGCAAUCUUCCCUGAUGACGACAGUGGUCGGCUGCUGAGGGACCAAUAUGUGUUGAAUUAUUUUAGUUAGUAUGUGUGCUUUCAAUUUUGGUUAAAUAUGUCCUGCGGUGGCAGAGGAAUUUGGUUUUUUUUGGGUUCGUUUUUUUACGAAUUUGGCCUCUUAUGAUGUUUGUGCGGUAUACUGUGUGUAAUACAAGGCUGCAGGGAGGCUACUGCAUCCAUUCAUUUGUCUGUUCAGUUGAUGUGUAUGGAUUUGUCCUGCAUUUAUUUUAGUGUGCAGACAUGCAGGGUGUGUUAUAUACAGACCUUUGAAUGUGUAUGUAUCAUUUUGUAUAAUAUGCUUGGAUUCUGUG